UAAAAACCUUAAUUAUCAGUAUUUUUAGUUUUUAAAAUCUAAAAACUCCAAAACCACUUCUCAUUACCUUAGAUGAAAGGUGAAUGUACUAAAAUUGAAUAUUGGUGAGUCGGGUAUGAGAUACCUAAUUUUCGGGUAAUUUUGUACAGUCAGAACCACAGAAAAGAGAAAAAUGAAAUGCAAAACAAAAUUUUAGAAAACAAAAACUCAAAAUCUCACUCUUGAAAAAAUGAAAUCUUUAAUAACAGAAACAUGACAUGGAUCACAUAUUCUCAUAAUGGUAGUGGAUGAACAAGAGAAAUAUGUCAAUAUAUAGUCUUAUAAUAUUAAAUUUGGUUUUCCUAUUUAUUCGUGUCUUGAAAAAUAAUAUAACCAACCGUCAUUUAAUCAUCUUUUGGGAAAAUCCCAUAUAAAUACCCGAACUCGUCGAAAUGUGUCAAAUAAGUAACCCAACUUAUAAUUAUGUCAAAUCAGUACCUCAACUACUAUAUUGUGACAUAUUAGUACCCGAACUCGUAAAAUUGAUGUCAAUUCUCAAUUUUAUGCCUAACGACGUUUAUUGUCAUGUUUUCCGUUAAUUCCGUGUUGAGUUGGACGACACGUCAGCAAUCCACGUAACAUUUACAACUUAAACUCAACUUAAACAAUACCAACAAAACCGGUCACAAUAUACAGGUUCCACGCUCUCGUCGCCGUCUCAUUGCUCACUUCGUCGAGCGUCGAGUCGAGGAAAAUAGUGUUCGAAGAAGGAGGUCUAGGUCCUUUGUUGAGGAUACUGGAGACAGGAUCUCUGCCAUUGAAGGAGAGAGCCGCAGCGGCAAUCGAGCCCAUACCUGCCGAUCCCGACACCGCGUGGGCCAUCUCGGCUUAUGGCGGCGCCUCCAUGCUUAUCGAAGCUUGCUGAUCGAGAUCCAUGGAGGUUCAGGAUCACGUCGCCGGAGCAAUUCGGAACGUUGCCGCCGUUGAGGACAUCAGGACGACACUGGCGGAGGAAGGAGCGGUUCCGGUACUCCUCCGCCUCCUAGUCUCCGGUUCUACAUCCGCCGCGGAAAAGGCGACGAGCUUCAUCGCUAUACUCUCCUCCUCCGGUGAGUUUUUCCUGGACUUGAUCGUCAAGGAGAGGGGAUUACAGACUUUGAUGCAUCUGGUUCAGGAUUCAUCGGAUUCCGAUACGAUCGAGCAAGCUCUGUUGGCUCUUAGUCAGUUAUCGAUCAUGGAUUCGGUUUCUAGGGUUUUAUCAUCUUCAACUGGAUUCAUCAUCCAAUUGGGGGAGUUCAUCAAACAUGGAAACACAAUCUCGCAACAGAUUUUCGCUUCUCUGCUCGCGAAUCUGACAAUCAGCGACGACAACAAACGAGCAAUCGUCGGUUGUUCAGGGUCGUUGAUACGGAUGAUAGAGUCACCGAAGCCGGCGGGACUGCAAGACGCCGCCGCCGCCGCGGUGUCAUUGCUGGCGAUCCGAUCGAAUCGGAAGGACCUGUUUCGGGACGAGAAAAGCGUGAUGCGAUUGGUGCAGAUGCUUGAUCCGAGGAGCGAGACCAUGGCCGAUAAAGAGCUCCCAGUGAUGGUGACCGCCGCAGCUCUGUCCGGCGGUGGUGGCCACAUGGCAAGGAAGAAGCUUAUCGCCGCCGGAGCCGAUCGGUAUUUGCAGAGGUUAUCAGAGAUGGAAGUUCCUGGCGCCAAGAAGGCCCUUCAGAGACUCACCGGAAAUCGAUUGAGGAGUAUCUUCAGCAGAGCUUGGAAGGAAUGAAGCGGAGAAAAAAAAUAUACUAACCAAACAUGUACGUCUUCCUCAGGGGUAUUUUAGUAAUUCGUAAUCCUAUUUUUCCUGUAUAAAACAGUUUUUCGAUCGGUUUUGUUGGUAUUGUUUAAGUUGAGUUUAAGUUGUAAAUCUUACGUGGAUUACUAACGUGUCGUCCAACUCAGCACAGAAUUAACGGAAAACAUGACAAUAAACGUUCGUUAGGUAUAAAAUUGGGAAUUGACAUCAAUUUUACGAGUUCGGGUACUAAUAUGUCACAAUAUAGUAGUUGAGGUACUGAUUUGACAGAAUUAUAAGUUGGGUACUUAUUUGGCACAUUUCGACGAGUUCGGGUACUUAUAUGGGAUUUUCCCUAACAACGACUAAUUUGUGUGAAGUGAACUACCCCUAUUAUUGUACAAUAAAUUUAUGUUCCAAGAAGGAAUGAAAUCCAUUUAAAAUGCACAUCUUAAAUAAUUAUAUCAUAUAAAGAGUAAAAUAUAUAACAAAAAAAAAAUAUAUCCCACCAAAUAUUAAGGGGCAAGUAAUUCCGAAAAUAGUUGUAAAAAUAAUUUAAAAUUCGAACAAAAAUCCACACCCGAAAAAUAAAAUAAUCAAAGCCAAGAAUACACAGUUCAAGAACAAAGACACACUUGGACGAGAAAUGACACGAGAGCCAACCAACUAGCUCAUGUUUCAUAUAUAUAUAUAUAUAUAUAUAUAUAUAUAUAUAUAUAGCAACCCUAAGGUUCACAUUUUUAUUAUUUUUCUGUGACCAUAAAUGAAAAUAUGAACAAAUAAAGUCCCCAGAUCUCAAAUACGUACGCAUCAAUUACCGAAAUGAUAAGAUUAAAGUCUUGCCGACAUAAGAUUGAUUUCGAUUAAAAUAAAAAAAAAUGUAACAAAAUAUGAAAAAUUAACACAAAUCUAAAUCGUUUUAAAUCGAUGUUUCUUCUGUAAUUUUUUUAAAAAAAAUCGCAAGUAAUUGCUCUUAAACCGGGAAAAAAAGGUGAAA